UCCCAAAUCCGAAUACGAGUGUCGUUUAAGAUCCAGAGGCUCACCGCAAAAACUAACCCCACACGCUCUUGGACCUUCAAAGCAAAGAGCUGGACGGAGACAGCAGCAGGAGGGAAAUCUAUUCCAUUUUUAUUUCAUGGUCUCCACCCCCUAUUCUCAAAAGCUGAGGAACAGCAUAACACAAGAGUUGGAAGAGAAAGGAAGCACCUUGGAGAAAGGAAGGAAGCUAACAGUUGCGCGAUGAAUCAAUAUGUUCCUGCUUGGAAUUUGGAAAAUAACUCCACAUCUUUUAGUGGUCUUCCUGCGACAAAUCAGAGAAAACCUAUCAGUUCAGACAAUGAGCUUAUAGAGCUCUUGUGGCAAGAUGGGCAUGUAAUCAUGCACAGUCAGACUCAUCGGAGAUCUAAACAAGCUCAGAGAGCUGAACCAGCACCGAAAUGUGGGGGGGCUCUUGAGAAUUCGAGCUGCGUAAUUCGAGAAGAUGAAACUGCAUCAUGGUUCCAAUACCCUCUUGAUGAUUCACCGGAGAAAGAGUUCUGCUCGGAAUUCUUCUGUGAAACUCCAAUUGCAGAUGCCAUUGGUGCCAAUAAGAUGAGCAGGGACGCCACCGCAGAGGGAGAGAGAUCCAUAAAAUUUGGUGCAAAUGAUGAAACAAGUGUUUUCUCUGGAUCUGAUCCAAAGCAAUCCAAUAUACGUUUCCAGGAAAACACAAUGCCACCUCCUAAAUCACAUGCUAUUUCUUCUACCCAGCAAGCUCCUCGAUUUGGACAUAGCAAUCUCAGAAACUUUCCACACUUCUCAAGGCCACUGAAGGCUGAUUCGGGCUUGUUAAACGGUCGGCUGGGGAAGGAAUUUGAGAAGGGGAUUCAGGUAGGUGCGGGAGAGUCCUCGAUGAUGACAAUUGGAUCAAGAAUCUCUGGGAGCAACCAGACUCAGACUCUAGCUGAUCCCUGCCAUACUAUGAGCAGUGAUGUGGCAGGUGUUAUUGCAACAGGCUCAAAGGAGGAUGCUCAGAGGACAUCAUUAUCUGAGAGAGUGCAAACACACACACAUGAAGCUACUGUUACUUCAUCAUCUGGUUGUAGCUUUGGAAGAACAGGACAGCAGACAGCCAGCAAUCAGAGCCACAAAAGAAAGGGAAGAGAUGUAGAGGAAUCCGAAUGCCAAAGCGAGGAGGCUGAGUAUGAGUCUGGUGAGGCAAACAAGCCUGCUCAGCAGUCUACAUCUACACGAAGAAGCCGUGCUGCCGAAGUCCAUAAUCUCUCAGAGAGGAGAAGAAGGGACAGAAUAAAUGAAAAGAUGAAGGCAUUGCAAGAGCUCAUACCUCAUUGCAACAAGACAGACAAAGCAUCAAUGCUAGAUGAGGCAAUUGAGUACUUGAAGUCCCUUCAACUGCAAGUUCAGAUAAUGUGGAUGGGAAGCGGCAUGGGACCAAUGAUGUUUCCUGGUGUCCAACAAUACAUGUCACGUAUGGGUAUGGGAGUUGGUCAUGCUUCUAUGCCCUCUAUGCAUGGUCCAGUCCAACUACCACAAGUUCCAUUUGUCAAUCAGUCGAUAGCUUCAGCUUCAACAGCAAACCAGAGACCACCGUGCCCAUCUCCAGCCUUGAAUGCAGUGAACUUUCCAAAUCAGAUGCAGAAUGUCCAUCCUCCUGAAAUGUACGCCCGAUACCUUGGCUUGCAUCACAUGCAACCACCUUCUCAGGCAAUGAAUCUUUAUACAACAGCUGCACCGAGCAGCAGCAUCAUUCCAACUGCUGGAGAAGUUCCUUCUGAGAAUAAUCAAAAUUACAAAUCUGGAUGAAUCAGAUAGUUCAAAUUUACAGGGUCCCUCCAGUACCCCUCAAGUCAAUUCACGUACCACAGCAUUGUGGCUUCUUCUAAUGUUGCUGCAGCCGAUCUGAUCAGACAGUGUGAAGUGGAUUGCCACCUUGUAUACUCCCCUGCUGUUGGCCUAAUAGAUAUUCUUAUUACUAUAUGGAGGCCAAUUAUUAGUAAAUGCCAAGGGAAUACUAAAAUCUGACCAUUUUGAGUUGAUCUCAAACUCAAGCUAAUGGCAUAGUGAUUGUAUCGAUCUCAUGUGAUCUCAUAAUUUUUCUCUCUUUUUUUCUGUUUUUUUUUUUUGCAUCCAGAUAGAUAAUAGUCCAUCUUGUUCGCUGAUCACUGUAAUCAGCAGCUGUAAAUACAUGGUCACCGUUCCACUAUUUCUUUUAAUGUACGAGCAUCGCCAAUUCCUCACAUCCA